AUGGCUAUCAAAAGCGAGGUGGACGAGCAACCUCGCGAGGGGACUCCCAAGCAUGUCGUCAGGCCUAUCUUGCUGAGACCCCAACCUGAGUCUAUUUCAUGGAAGGGUAUGAUGUCCCAGACAGAUGAUUCGAGGGGAUCGGCUGAGGAACAGCGCAAUACUACCGAAGACGUUAAAAACGAAGACGGCGAGUGGGAAGUUAUUUCUCCACGUGAGGUCAAUAACUGCUCCUCCGACUACUACGGCAACUACGUCAAGGAGCGCCCCGUCGAACAGGGCGAAUGGCUCGCCGUAAGCAAAGUCACCGUCCCGCAGUCCACAGCGGAGUGGUUCAAACACUCAUCGUCGUCGUCGUCGGCUACUACCAAAGGCAAGCGUACCGUUAUUGCUACCAGCACCGGCUGCGUCAAGGGCUGGGUAAACGGCAUGCAGAAACGUCUACAUCCUAAGAAAAAUAAGAAUAAGAAGAAGAAUAAGAAGCAUAGUGCUUCGUCCGAGCAGAGCAUCGGCGACGAGGCGUACGUCAAAAUCGCUACCGACGGCGAGUCCUCCGAUACUGAUACCGGCCCCGGCCCCGACGCCCGGUUGCUCCAGAGACGUCCCGAUACGCCGCGGCCGCGCGAGUUGCGGCCGGUGCCCCGGGCCGAUGGUCGCUGGGUUGGGGGGUUCCGGGACGCGGCGAGACCGCGGGAGUCGAGCUGUAGGGGUUUUUCUCUGCCGAUGACGGAGUAG